AUGCUGCGGUUCCUGCGCAGGACCUUUGGCCGGCGGUCGAUGCAGCGCUACGGGCGAGGAGCGGGGCGCGGGGCCGGGCGAGGCGGGCUCGGCGGUGAGGGCGACGAGCGGGACGGUGGGCUGCGAGGAGCCGCCGCCGCUGUCUCCGGGGGUUUCCCCUCCUCGCCUCACCCCGGCGGGGUCGUGCACGGCGCCGGAGCCCCCGUCCACAUCCCCGCCGCCGGCGGCAGUAAGCCGGUGCUGCAGUGCCGCGUGCUCCUCCUGGACGGGACCGAAGUCAGCGUGGAGCUGCCGAAACAUGCAAAGGGACAGGAGUUAUUUGACCAGAUUGUGUAUCAUUUGGACCUUGUGGAAACUGAUUACUUUGGCUUACAGUUCAUGGAUGCUUCCCAGGUUACACAUUGGUUGGACCAUUCUAAAUUCAUUAAGAAACAGAUAAAAAUUGGACCUCCGUACACGUUGCAUUUUCGAAUUAAAUACUAUUCAUCAGAACCGAACAACCUUCAUGAGGAGUUUACAAGGUACCUGUUUGUAUUACAGCUCCGACAAGACAUUCUUUCAGGGAAACUGAAAUGCCCUUAUGAAACGGCUGUUGAACUAGCAGCUCUGUGUCUUCAAGCUGAACUGGGAGAGUGUGAACACCCAGAGCACACACCAGAACUUGUGUCUGAAUUCCGAUUUGCACCAAACCAGACUGAAGCAAUGGAAUUUGACAUCUUCCAGAAAUGGAAGGAGUGCAGGGGAAAGAGUCCAGCACAGGCUGAACUGUGCUACUUGAACAAAGCCAAAUGGCUAGAAAUGUACGGUGUAGAUAUGCAUGUAGUUAAGGGAAGAGAUGGUUGUGAAUAUGCUCUUGGACUGACACCAACGGGCAUAUUGAUCUUUGAAGGAGCAAAUAAAAUAGGCUUAUUCUUUUGGCCUAAAAUCACAAAAAUGGACUUUAAAAAGAGCAAACUAACACUAGUGGUCGUGGAAGAUGACGAACAGGGCAGAGAGCAAGAGCACACAUUUGUUUUCCGGUUAGACAGUGCCAAAACGUGCAAACAUUUGUGGAAAUGUGCAGUGGAACAUCAUGCUUUCUUCAGACUGCGAGCCCCAGCAAACAGUAAAUCUAGUAGAUCUGACUUCAUAAGGCUGGGAUCACGCUUCAGAUUCAGUGGCCGGACAGAGUAUCAAGCAACACAUGGGACAAGAUUACGCAGAACUAGUACGUUUGAAAGACGGCCCAGCAAGCGAUAUCCUUCUCGAAGGCAUUCGACGUUUAAAGCAAACAAUCCUGUGAAAGCAGCACAACUGUGUGCUAAAAAUACUCCUGAAGUCCACAACUAUCAGCCACAGUAUCAUCCUAAUAUACAUCCUGCUCAGCCACACUGGCACCCACAUACACCUGUGAAUGUAAGGCCAUCCUAUCAUGAUGACAGGCCAUAUUGGAAGCCCCCCACAAGUGGAGAGGACAGCAAUUUACGAUAUAUUCAAGAACAGAACCAGAAGAAUUUAGGAGAAGUCCAAAGUAUGGUGUACCAAGAUAAACUCAUGACGACUCUCUGAAAAAGUCAUCUUCAUUUCACCUGCCAUCUUAGACGAUCAUUGCAUUCCAUGGUCCUUGUCUGUCUGCCGUAUGUUCAAAGUGUAUUGUGAAUGAAGUGUGUGUCUUUUUACGUACAUCUUUUUAUGUACAUCCAUCCUUGUUUAGUGUUCAUGGACAUUCUUGGGAAAAGUAUUUUCCAUGUCUUUGUAAAAAGAAAAAAAUCCUGAAAAAGCCUUUGUGAAAGCUGGUAAGAAUUUUCAGUGUCCCAGGAACAGAAAUAUUUCUGGGGAUUUACAUUCUACAUUACUUCUUGAAUCUGUGAUCCUCUGUCUGCUGUUGAAGGUUAGCCAUUACAGCCUUGAUGAUUUUUAUUAUCUUGUUUCUUUUGACUCAAAUUAAUAGAUGAAGUUGGAAAAAUUUUGUCUUUUAGUUGAUGUGCAAAUAGGAGACUGGAGGGAGAAAAAUAGAAAUCAGAUUUCAUGCUGGCAGUUAAAAUGACUUAAGGCACGCCACCAAAGGGAGCCUGCUGAGGUAGUCGUAGGUUUGGGUGUCUUUUGCUUUUAAUUUUUGUAUUCUACAGCAGAAUUAGAGGUGCUUGCUGAACACUGGGAAAGAACACUGUAAUAAAGUUUAUAGAGUAUGCUUUUCACUUUUUGACUAAGUGAUUAUAUAAAUGGCAUCUCCCAAAACCGUACCUGCUGCUAUACGUGCAAGAAUGUUAAAAAUGAAUCCUUGCUAUAAGGGUGCUGCUGUCUUGUUAUUUUUAAUGUGACUACAAAAAUGAAUGACACAAUUGCAUAAAGCUACCUACUGAUAGCUCUUCAGUGCAUGGAUUCAAGACCACAGCUUAUCAUACUGAAUCACAGAAUUGUAGGGGUUGGAAGGGACCUCUGGAAGCCAUCUAGUCAGCCCUCUGCUAAAGCCAAUUCCCUACAGUAGGUUGCACAGGACAAGAGGAGGAUGAUCCAGUAAAAUAGUUCUAUUUUUUUAAGGUAGACAUUUGAAGAGUUGAAUAUAUAUUUUACAAACCUAGUUCUUUAAAUAGACUGGCUGGCGUUUUGAUCACUUGCCGAUUUAUUUUUUUUAACUGGGAAUCAGUGCCAUCUUCACUCACAUGUUUAUCUUGGCUUUACGUCUGUGGUCUCUCUGAAGUUGUCGAAAUGAAUAAGUCUUUAUAUGGGAUAUUUGAAAGUGAAGUAAUUUUUAAACUUGAUUUUGAUUAAAUAUACAUUUAUAAACAGCUAUAACCAUGCAUUUUUUUUCAGAGCAAAUUUGAUAGUGUAUAUCUUUUUGUAAAGUAUGUUUGUUUACAAAUGCUGUCUUUUAAUAUUUGUUUUGAUCUUUCCUGUAUGUGCUAAGUACAAAUAAAAUUCUCAAUCUUU